AGAAUCCAGAGGAAGUUGACAGAGCGUGACAGCAGGAUAGCACAAUAUGUGGUGGAGGCUUUGCAGCUUGCUGGCUUGGUUCCCCUUACAAGAGGCCUUUCAGACCAACCACAUGGAAACCGUCACCGUGGAGGAAGGCCAGACACUCACUCUAAAGUGUGUCAUUUCUCAGGUGGAGACCACCUCCCUGCAGUGGCUGGCCCCAUCGGGCUUCACCAUUUUCUUCAGUGAGCAUUCCGGUUUAAAAAAUUCCAAAUACCAGCUUCUUCAUUACUCCUCCAAUCAGCUCUCCAUCAGCGUGCUGAAUGUAACACAGCAAGAUGAAGGCGUGUACAAGUGUCUGCAUUACGGCAGCUCCGUGAGAACAAAGGAAGUGAAAGUGAUCGUGUUAGCAACUCCUGUCAAGCCAACCUUGGAAGUUUCCGUUAGAAUGCAAAAUGGAGAACAUGUCCUACUGAAAUGCUCCACUGUGAGAAGUAAGCCCCCUCCACGGAUAACCUGGCUCUUAGGGGAUGACAUGGAGAUCCAAGGUGAAACCCACCAUGAAUAUGAAACUGAUGGGAAGAAGUGUAAUAGCACCAGCACACUCAGAGUCCACACAUAUGGCAAAAACUCAACAGUGAGCUGCAUCAUCCGACACAAAGGCCUGCAAGGAAGAAAACUGGUAGCCCCUUACCGGUUUGAAGAUUUGGUUACCGAUCAAGAGACAGUUUCAGCUGCCCUGGAGACAAGCUCUCCAUCCUCUCAAGACCCUCAGCAGUCCACUAGUACCGUUGCAGUAAUGGAAGAUUCUAGUACCUCAGAGAUUGACAAGGAAGAGGAAGAACAAACCACUCAAGUCUCUCACUUGGCCACUGAAGCGAAUCGUCAGUUUGUGGGACUGACGAGGAGGAAGAGCGGCAUCCUGCUACUGAGCCUCGUCUCCUUCCUCAUUUUCAUUCUCUUCAUCAUCGUCCAGCUCUUCAUCAUGAAGAUUCGGAAAGCACACGUCAUAUGGAAAAAAGAAAAUGAAAUUUCAGAGCACACUCUAGAAAGUUACAGAUCGAGGUCAAAUAAUGAAGAAACAUCAUCCCAAGAGAAUAACAGCCAAACUUCCCGCUCUAAAAGCUGCAUGAACUACAUCACACAGCUGUACUCAGAGGCAAAAACAAAGACGAAGGAAAAGGCACAACCUUCAAAAUUCAAAGGAGAGCUCACUCAUAUACCAGAGAGCAUCGUGUAGCGCUCAUUGCAACAGGAAAUAGGAUUUCAGGGCAGCCUCAAUCAUCACCUCAGCGGAGCAGCCGGUGGGAAGGAGCAUAAUUACCAUCACAUGAAAAACAAAAAAAAAGUACUGUGAGUGCAAUGCAAGAUGGUGUCCUCCAAGUGUAAUCUGCCCCGGACUCAGAGCAACAAACGAGGACUAAC